ACACAUGAGAAUUGCUCAUACCACACAAAGAAUCUCGAUCUUUGUUCCAUCUUUUAAAAAUUAUACUUGAAAAAAGUUCCACUAAUAUAGUAACAGUUUAUUUAUCUUCUCUGAUUCUUGGAAACACGGUUUUAAAAAAGGAUGAGACUGAAGAGAUCAUCGGACACAGUUCAUGUCUUGAAUCUUAUGGUCCUCUGUUUCAUUGCCCUGUUUUCUUCUUCCGUACUCGGUCAGGGAAAGAUCAGGCGAUUCAACUGGGAAGUUAAGUACGAGUUCAGGUCACCGGAUUGUGUCCAAAAGCUAGUAAUCACAAUCAAUGGUAAGUUUCCAGGUCCCACCAUUAAAGCUCAACAAGGUGACACCAUUGUUGUUGAGCUCAAGAACAGUCUCAUGACUGAAAACGUCGCUGUCCAUUGGCAUGGAAUCCGACAGAUUGGGACUCCAUGGUUUGACGGAGUAGAAGGUGUUACUCAGUGUCCAAUUCUUCCUGGAGAAGUCUUUACUUACCAGUUCGUCGUUGAUAGGCCUGGUACAUACAUGUAUCAUUCACACUAUGGGAUGCAGAGAGAAUCUGGAUUAAUAGGAAUGAUUGUAGUUUCUCCUCCUGCCACAGAGCCCGAACCGUUUACAAACGAUUAUGACCGGAACGUUUUGUUAACAGAUUGGUAUCACAAAAGCAUGUUGGAGAGCGCUACCGGUUUAGCCUCCAUACCCUUCAAGUGGGUCGGUGAGCCAGAGUCGCUUCUAAUACAAGGAAGAGGGAGAUUCAACUGCUCAAACGACCUAACCACUCCUAGAGUCUGUAACGCCUCAAACACUGAUUGUUCGCGUUUUUUCCUUACCGUAAUCCCUGGGAAGACUUACCGGCUUCGACUCGGUAGCUUGACGUCUCUUUCAGCCCUAAGUUUCCAAAUUGAGGGACAUAACUUGACGGUGGUUGAAACUGAUGGACACUACGUAGAACCAUUCACGGUGAAGAAUCUCUUUAUAUACUCCGGCGAAACUUAUUCCGUACUUCUCAAGGCAGAUCAAAACCCUAGACGAAACUAUUGGAUCACCUCAAGCAUAGUCAGCCGUCCGGCGAACACUUCACAGGGAACCGCGGUACUCAACUACUACCCUAGUCACCCACGACGGCGUCCUCCCACGCCGGAAUCCUCCAAUCUCCGACCGGAAUGGAACGACACAGGCUCCCGCCUUGCACAAAGCCUAGCGAUCAAGGCGCGUCGAGGAUUCGUUGACACGCCGCCUGAGAACUCUGACAGAGUCAUCGCACUUCUAAACACACAAAACGAAGUCAGCGGAUUCAGACGUUGGUCGGUCAACAACGUUUCAUACCACCACCCUAAGACGCCAUACCUAAUCGCGUUAAAGCAGAAUCUCACCGACGCGUUCGACUGGCGUUUCACGCCGCCGGAUAACUACGAUUCUCGGAGAUACGACGUAUUCGCAACACCUCAAAACGCUAACGCGACGACGAGCGACGGGAUCUACCGGUUGAGAUUCAAUUCAACCGUGGACGUGAUUUUACAAAACGCGAAUACAAUGAACGCAAAGAACAGCGAAACGCACCCAUGGCAUUUACACGGUCACGAUUUUUGGGUACUUGGAUACGGAGAAGGGAAGUUUAAUGAGUCUGAGGAUCCGAAAAGGUUUAAUCGGGUUGACCCGAUAAUGAAAAACACGGUUGCGGUUCAACCGUUUGGGUGGACGGCGUUGCGUUUCAGAGCAGAUAAUCCUGGCGUUUGGUCGUUUCACUGCCACAUUGAGUCGCACUUUUUCAUGGGAAUGGGAAUUGUGUUCGAGUCUGGGAUUGAUAGAGUUUCUUCUACUUUACCUUCUUCUAUAAUGGGAUGUGGUCAGGCUAAACGCUGAUUGUAUAUAUUUUAUCAUAUUCAUAUAGAACACAUUCAUUGUUUAAUCAUUGAAGACAAAUAUUUUAUUUAAUUUUUGAAAACAGUGUGGAUAUUUUGAUGUAA